UGCGCACCGCGCGGUGAAUGGCUGGUCAGACUGCCCAUCGCGGUGGCGGUGGCUAUGGCGGCGGUGCGGCAGUCGGUGCGCUGGGCCCUGGCGGCGGCCGCGCUGGCCGUGGCGGGGCUGGCUCUGGACAACGGGCUAGCGCGGACGCCACCGAUGGGCUGGCUGCACUGGGAGCGCUUCCUCUGCGGCACCGACUGCGCCACAGACCCGCACCGCUGCGUCAGCGAGCGGCUCUUCGUGGAGAUGGCCGACGUGAUGGUUGCCGAGGGCUGGAGGGACGCGGGCUACGAGUUCGUCUGCAUUGACGACUGCUGGAUGGCCCCGACGCGGGACCAGCAGGGCCGGCUCCAGCCCGACCCGAAACGCUUCCCCAGCGGGAUCCGCAAGCUGGCUGACUACGUCCACUCCAAGGGGCUGAAGCUGGGAAUCUACAGCGAUGUCGGGAACAAGACGUGCGCUGGCUUCCCGGGCAGUUAUGACCACUACGACCUGGACGCCCAAACGUUUGCCUCCUGGGGUGUGGACCUGCUGAAGUUUGACGGCUGCAACUCUGGCACGCUGGAGUUGCUGGCGGAAGGUUACAGGCGUAUGUCUCUGGCCCUGAACAAGACUGGACGGAGCAUUGUGUACUCCUGUGAGUGGCCUUUCUACUUGAGGCCCAUGCAGCAGCCCAAUUACACAGAGAUCAAACAUUACUGCAAUCACUGGAGGAACUUUUUUGAUGUCUAUGAUUCCUGGAGCAGCAUCAAGAGUAUCUUGGACUGGACAGCACUUCACCAGGACAGCAUUGUGAAGAUAGCUGGGCCAGGGGGCUGGAAUGAUCCAGACAUGCUGGUGAUUGGCAACUUCGGGCUGAGCUGGGACCAGGCCGUGACUCAGAUGGCGAUGUGGGCUAUCAUGGCUGCUCCCCUCUUCAUGUCCAACGACCUGCGGCACAUUAGCCCCGAGGCCAAGUGGCUGCUCCAGAACAAAGACGUGAUCGCCAUCAACCAGGACGUGCUGGGCAAGCAAGGAUACCAAAUCGCCAAGGACAAGCACUUUGAGCUGUGGGAGCGGCCCCUGUCUGGCGGAGCCUAUGCUGUGGCAGUGCUGAACCAGCAGGAGAUUGGGGGACCCCAGAACUUCACCUUCUCCCUCAGCUUCCUCGGCAAUGGGCUGGCCUGCAACCCAGCCUGCUCCAUUCAGCAGGUUCUGCCCGCCAGCAGGGACUGGGGGCUUUACAGCUGGGUCUCCUCCCUGAGUGUGGAGGUGAACCCAACAGGCACUGUGCUGCUGAAAGUAGUGGUUCUAUAGGAGGCACAAAGACAAUCUUUUCCUAAGCCUCAGACUCUGCCUAAACUUCUUGUCACAAGAAGCCUGUCUCCUUCCUCCAAGCAGGGUGCCUUUGUUCUGUCCCCGGCUAUUCACUACUCCAGUGCUUCUAAGUGGACUUUGAACCUUCACCCUAAGGUGACCAACACCCACCACUCCAUUGCCAAGCGAUAACAGAGGAAGGGCCGCUGCUUCUCCCCUCUUUACCCUUCCUCUGACAUCUCACCUAACACCUCCAAGGGGCCAUCAGGGUCUCAACAGGGCAACAACUCCUGGUGAUGCCCACUGCCACUACACACCAAAGAGAUGCAAAGGAUACACAUGGCAUCUUGCAGCUCUCCUUGAGCAUUUCAGGGACAACAGGGAAACACAGCCUGGCUGCCCUGCUCUUGCUUUGCCAGGCCAGGGCAUACAGUCCAAAACAAGAAAAGCUGCUCCUUCCACAUUCUGACAACUCAGGGACUGGCCUAAAUCACUGCAUGUCUUAGCAACUGCUUUCUUGACAGCUGCCUGCUUAGUAUAAAUGUGAUUAAGUAGGACACCUCAGGUUUUUGAGUGUUUCUCCUUACCCCAGUCUUCUGCCUCUCACCAGUGGCUGCUACUUGCCUGUAGGUCACAAUUCCCCCUCCACCCUUCAUGGGGUCAGUGGAGUCCCCCUCAGUGAGCUGCCUUCCAGAAAAAACCUCUGUGCUUGUUUUCUACUGCUGGCAGAAACCUCUGUGCUUGUUUUCUACUGCUGGCAGUAGUAACACAGGUCCUUCUGAGACAGGAGAUGGGUAUUUAAUCAUGCAGCCAUCACAUGCAAGUAUGUUCUCUUCUGAUUACUACACAAUCGGGAUAUCUUGAUUUGUUCUCAUUUCUGUGAUUAAGCACUUUGAUUAAAAUGCCCCUUAAAAAGGCUAA